AUGGAGGUAGUCGAUCAUGUUGUCGAGGCGCUCACUGGAGAAGCUGCCACCCCAGCCGAGAACACGCGCAAGGUCGUUUCCGGUGCCCAACGGAAGCACGCCCAGCUGGCACUAUCCAAGCACAAUGAUAUGCACCCGGAACACACGAUGCCGAAUUGUCCGCCCAAAAUUGGCAGAGGUGUACGAGCACAAGCUGCGGGAAUCGGCGACGGGGCGACCUACAUGACGAAUGCCGUGCUUAUCAAGUUCGUGCAGGAUCCAACCAAUUGUGCCAUCGCCGCCACAACCGAGAGCGCGAAAAUAGCGAAGCAUGCCCAUGAUGCGAACUCCGUCGUUGUUGCCGGAGCGGGUGUUGACAAAUACCACCAGCGGGGAGAUGUGAGGAAUGACGUAAGCUCAAACAAGAACAAGAACAAGAACAAGAACAAGAACAAGAACAAGAACAAGAACAAGAACAAGAACAAGAACAAGAACAAGAACAAGAACAAGAACAAGAACAAGAACAAGACCAAGAACAAGAACAAGAACAAGAACAAGAGAACAAGAACAAGAACAAGAACAAGAACAAGACCAACAACAAUAACAACAACAAUAACAACAAUAACAACAACAUAA